AACCGUGUCGGUCACUCGACUUCCGAAGAUGUAAAAUUGAUAGAGAAGAUCCAGAAAGGAAGCCUUCACGGAAGAUAACAGAAGUGAUUUGUGACAUCCUGCUGUACGUUGGUUACUAAGUCAAUUAAAAUUCGAAAAUUGAAAGUUGAGGUUCUGCAAGCUUGAGUUCAUUGGGAAUUGGAAAACAAUUUGAAUUUUUAAUAAAUUAAAUACCCGUGCGAAUUGAACGCAGAAGAAAAAUAAAGACUGUAAUGUGAAAAAAGAAAGAGCCAGUAGAUAAUUGAUGAUCAAUCCAAUUCAACAUCUGAGAAAAACUUUCCCAGUAUCUUAUCUUCGGAUCGAUAGUGACAUGUUUCUCUGAGACCAAGAAAAAUAUACUUCAUAGAGGAAACAUCGAAAUUUUACGAAGCGUGCAAAUCUCGGUUUGAUUCUUUGAAGAAAGAAAAAUUUUGAAAAAGGUUUCUCAUUCAAGAGAUUACGGAAGAAAUUAUCGAAGAUGGACGGCGCACCUGCAUGGGACGAUCCGAUUUUCUCGGACUUUGGGACUCGCGGCGGAACCACCGGGGCCCACAGUAUCCAGGUGAUGCUGAGCCUACAGGCAGGCGGAGGUCAUCAUGGAAGCGGCGAUCUGAUGCCGACCGGUGGCGGUCAGCUACACAAACUGGACUCCUCCAACAGCCCGUCACCGCAUCAUCAGGCAGCGUCGCAGCAUCAGCAUCACCUGCAGCAACAACAGCAACAGCAGAAAGAGCUCAAAGAGCUCGAGUUGUCCGGCAUGUAUGCGCCGUUGCCGCCACAGACCCAGGACGUCACCACUUCAACAUCUACCAGCGUCACGCCGACCUCGACGAGUCUCCAGCAGGGUCUGCAACUCGGUAACGCGCUCAAGAGGAAGCCAGACGAUCCAAUCAACGCACUCGCGCCAGUCAGUAGCGAAGCGCAGCCAGCCAAGAAGGACUCAAAGAAGAAGACUGAUAACAAUAACAUCAAGAAGAAAAAGACGAGAACAACUUUUACGUCCUACCAAUUGGAAGAAUUAGAAAGAGCCUUCGAACGAGCACCUUAUCCGGAUGUCUUUGCGCGCGAUGAACUCGCGCUGAAGCUUGCUCUGUCAGAGACUCGCGUGCAAGUUUGGUUUCAGAAUCGCCGUGCGAAGUGGCGAAAGAAAGAACCACCUCGCAAGACCGCCGGUUACAUAGCCGCAGGUUCCGCCAGUCCCGGUUUGUCAGGCUCCUUUACGUCGCUCAACAAUACUCUAAAUCCGUUUGCAUCGCCGACGACGGCGACGGCGCCACCGGAUGCCUGGGCGUACUCGUCGGCGUACGACCUGGGGCACUUGAAUCUGCUGAAUCCGUCGAAUUCGCCAUACUCGACCGCAGCAGCGGCGGCUGCGAGCUUCGGCAACAACGGCAGCGUCUCGUAUUCGUCGUACGCGAGCAUGUUGCCGACGCAGCACGACGCCGCGUUGUUCACCACGCCGACUGCCGCCGGCAACACCAUGCGAGUCCAUCAGGACUACAUGAAUCCUGGUGGCGGCAGUAGCCCGCCGCCACCCGGUGGUCCUCUCACCCGUGCCGACUAUCAGACCAUGGUGACGACGCACUCGCCGCCCACCCACCUGGGUAACUCCAUGUCCGAGGACGAGCACGGUGGUUGCCUCGCAGACAAGUACGCGCACGACCAGUCCACGGCCGAUUACGGCCAGCAGCAGCAACCGCCGCCGCAGAACGAUCAGAAGCAGGACUACGGCAUGCACUCGCCGCAGGCGCGCCAGGCCAUGAAGGAUCAGGUCAUGGUAAAGAGCGAGCCCGGAAGCCAGCCGAGCUACGUGCAGCUGCCUCCUUUUCUGAACUGACUCGCGGCCUCCUCCACUCUAGAUCUCUUCUAGGCGACUUUUGCGAUCUAUCCGCGUUUCGUGAUGAGCGCGAGGAGUAUUAGGUCUUGUUAGGUCGCGCAAUUUCAACCGGGCUCGUACCGGCGCUACUUAUACAUCAUCGUACGUGGCUUUCGAUGGUGAACAAGCAAAAUUCGAUUUUAGUAUAAGGUUGAGAAAUAAAUUUUACCGAAAAAUUUUAACGAAAAAAUGCUAUUUAAAUCAUCAGCAAUGAGCAUCGAUAAGAUCUUAAACGAUGCAGCAUUUUAAUUUUUUUUUUUUACUGAAAUAAGGAUAUGGAUAAUAAUAGGUGUUUUUUUUCAGCUAAAGUUCUUGCACGGUUCAUCUUUUUUCCUUUUUUCUCCACAUUGAAGAGAAAAAGAAAAAAGCUGAACCGUGCAAGAAGUUCAACUAAAAAGGACAGACCUAAUAAGUCUUAAGAAUCUUGAGCUCGAAUAUUCGAAUUAUUCGAAUACGUUGAUCACGUGAUCACGUGAUUACGUUGUGACAGCCGCGAUGUUUCUGUACUUUGUUAUUUGAGUGAUCGCGAGUAACGUUUUACGUGGAAGAGUGACUUUCAUCAAAUUCCAAAUAAUUUAAUCAACAAUUAAUUUAACAAAUAUAAUGUACUUGUAAUAUUUUGUUAAAGUGGAUAGAAUGAUCAAUUUUUUAUUGUUUCACAUAUAGAAAAAACGAUCAGGAGAUUAGG